AUGACCUUAAUGAAAGAGAGUUUCCAUGGGGCUCUUCCACCCCCUUCGGAGGUGGCCAAGGCCGACAUGGACAGCACCAAAGCGGAGGAGGCUGUGCUGCAAUCUGUGACGAGGACUGGAGCAGUGGUGCCAAGGAAGCGAGCGGUGGGAAGGCUGAUCAUGCACAGCAUGGCGAUGUUCGGCCGGGAGUUCUGCUAUGCCGUGGAGGCUGCCUUUGUCACGCCGGUGCUGCUCAGUGUAGGUCUGCCCAAGAGCCUCUACAGCCUGGUGUGGCUCAUCAGCCCUAUCUUGGGCUUCGUGCUGCAGCCCGUGGUAGGUUCAGCCAGUGAUCACUGCACCUGUAGCUGGGGCAAGAGGCGACCCUACAUUCUGGGUCUGGGCAUCAUAAUGCUGUUAGGCAUGGCUUUGUACCUCAAUGGGGACGUGAUGAUCUCAGCUUCCAUCGGUGAGAGGGACAAGCGGCGGACAUGGGCAAUAGUCAUUACCAUGCUGGGAGUAGUGCUUUUUGAUUUUGCAGCUGAUUUUAUUGAUGGCCCCAUCAAAGCAUAUUUAUUUGAUGUCUGCUCUCAUCAGGAUAAGGAGAAGGGUCUGCAUUACCACGCCCUCUUUACAGGUUUGGGAGGAGCCCUGGGUUACCUGACAGGUGCUGUGGAUUGGGGUAAAACUGUACUAGGACAUUCCUUGGCAUCAGAAUUCCAGGUGAUUUUCUUGAUCGCAGCCUUGGUUUUCAUAAUCUGCCUUACUGUACAUCUGCGCAGUAUUCCUGAAGUCCCACUCAUAUACGAAAAUGAAGAGGCAAAGUUCUUGUUGGAAGUGACUGAAUCCUAUAAAUAUAGCUCCAUAGAGGAGGAAAUCAAUAAAAGUUACUUAAAAUCAACAUGUGCUGAAAUAAAGGCUGCAGCUAAACCAGGGAAAUGGGCUGAUACAUCACGUACAGAGGAACAAAGGCGGAUGACCCUUAAAUCGCUCUUGAAGACACUUUUAAGCAUGCCAUCCCACUAUCGAUAUCUGUGUGUGAGUCACCUCUUUGGAUGGAUGGCUUUCCUGUCCAACAUGCUCUUCUUCACAGAUUUCAUGGGACAGGUUGUAUACCAGGGUAGUCCUUAUGCACCUCAUAACUCCACGCUUUACCUUACCUACAAAACAGGAGUAGAGGUGGGAUGCUGGGGGCUGUGCAUCAAUGCAAUUUCUUCAUCAGUCUAUUCUUAUGUGCAGAAAAUCCUUCUGCCAUACAUAGGAUUAAAGGGACUUUAUUUCAUUGGAUACCUACUUUUUGGAUUGGGUACUGGAUUAAUUGGCCUGUUUCCCAAUGUCCAUUCGACUCUGGCUCUGUGUUCCCUCUUUGGUGUCAUGUCCAGCACACUCUACACAGUGCCAUUCCACCUCAUUGCAGAGUAUCACAGGGAAGAAGAGAGCCUGAAGCUGCAGGAUGGAGAACAAGCUGGAGAGCACGAUCGAGGGAAGGGCAUUGACUGUGCUGCUCUCACCUGCAUGGUCCAGCUGGCCCAGAUCAUUCUUGGUGUUGGUCUGGGGCUCUUGGUUAGUGUUGCUGGCAGCGCAGUCACUGUGAUUUCGGCAUCUAUGGUGGCACUGAUAGGCUGCUGCUUUGUCGCUUUUUGUGUUCGAUAUGUGGAGUAG